CUCUCAGGAGGCGGCGAAGUCGUUUCUGCGGCGGGGUGUAACUGAACCGGUACCGGAGGAGAAGUGUCGCGUCUUCGGGUGAGCGUACAGCUGGCUGAGCCCAGCUGGGCUACCCUCGCUGAACAGGCUUCAGAAAGCCGGGCUGCCGCCUUCUCUUUUUUUAAUACCUCUGUUCUCACUGCGUGCCUGGGGGCGAGGUUAGAGAAGGAGCCUACGGCUACGGUUUCUCACCUGCAGCAUUACUGACACCACUUCCGCUACACCGAUAAAAGCUGCCGUUGCUGUCAUGUCGCAAGGGAUCCUUUCUCCACCAGCCGGCUUGCUGUCGGAUGAGGAGGUCGCAGUCUCUCCCAUGUUUGAGUCCACAGCUGCAGAUCUGGGGUCUGUAGUACGCAAGGACCUGCUGUCAGACUGCUCUGUCAUCUCUACCUCCCUGGAAGACAAACAGCAGGUUCCAUCUGAGGAUAGUACAGAGAAGGUCAAAGUAUACCUGAGAGUCAGGCCCUUGUUACCUUCAGAGUUGGAACGACAGGAGGAUCAGGGUUGUGUCCACAUAGAGAACAUGGAGACCCUUGUUCUACAGGCACCCAAGGAUUCCUUUGCCCAGAAAAGCAAUGAGCGGGGAAUUGGACAAGCCACCCACAGAUUCACCUUUUCCCAGAUCUUUGGGCCAGAAGUGGGACAAGCAUCCUUCUUCAAUCUGACCGUGAAGGAGAUGGUAAAGGACGUACUCAAAGGGCAGAACUGGCUCAUCUACACAUAUGGAGUUACCAACUCAGGAAAAACCCACACAAUUCAGGGUACUAUCAAGGAUGGAGGGAUCCUACCCCGGUCCCUGGCUCUGAUCUUCAAUAGCCUCCAAGGCCAACUUCAUCCAACACCUGAUCUGAAGCCCUUGCUCUCUAACGAGGUGAUGUGGCUAGACAACAAGCAGAUCCGGCAGGAGGAAAUGAAAAAACUGGCCCUGCUAAAUGGAGGCCUCCAAGAGGAGGAGCUGUCCACUUCCUUGAAGAGGAGUGUCUACAUUGAAAGUCGGAUGGGUACAAGCACCAGCUUUGACAGUGGCAUUGCUGGACUCUCAUCUACCAGUCAGUUUACCAGCAGUAGCCAGCUGGAUGAAACGAGGCACCAGUGGGCACAGCCGGAUACUGCCCCUGUAAGUGUCCCUGCAGACAUUCGCUUCUCUAUCUGGAUCUCCUUCUUUGAAAUCUACAAUGAAUUGCUUUACGACCUGUUAGAACCACCUAGCCAGCAGCGCAAGCGGCAGACUCUGCGGCUAUGUGAGGACCAGAAUGGCAAUCCCUAUGUGAAAGAUCUCAAUUGGAUUCAUGUUCAAGAUGCUGAGGAGGCCUGGAAACUUCUGAAAAUGGGUCGUAAAAACCAGAGCUUUGCCAGCACCCACCUGAAUCAGAACUCUAGCCGCAGUCACAGCAUCUUCUCAAUUCGGAUCCUGCACCUUCAGGGGGAAGGAGAUAUAGUCCCCAAGAUCAGCGAGUUGUCACUGUGUGAUUUGGCUGGCUCAGAGCGCUGCAAAGAUCAGAAGAGUGGAGAACGGCUGAAGGAAGCAGGAAACAUUAACACCUCUCUGCACACCCUAGGCCGCUGUAUUGCCGCCCUGCGCCAAAACCAGCAGAAUCGGUCAAAGCAGAACCUGGUUCCCUUCCGUGACAGCAAGUUGACUCGAGUAUUCCAAGGCUUCUUCACAGGCCGAGGCCGUUCCUGCAUGAUUGUUAAUGUGAACCCCUGUGCCUCUACCUAUGAUGAGACCCUUCACGUGGCCAAGUUCUCAGCCAUUGCCAGUCAGCUUGUGCAUGCUCCACCUGUGCAACUGGGAUUCCCACUGUUGCAUUCACUCAUCAAGGAACACAGUCUCCAGGCAUCUCCCAGCUUAGAAACAGGGGCUAAGACAGACCCAGGCCUUGAUGACAUUGAAAAUGAAGCUGACAUCUCCAUGUAUGGCAAGGAGGACCUACUACAGGUGGUGGAAGCCAUGAAAGAACUGCUUUUGAAAGAACGACAGGAAAAGCUGCAGCUGGAGAUGCAGCUCCGUGAUGAAAUUUGCAAUGAGAUGGUGGAGCAGAUGCAACAACGGGAACAGUGGUGCAGUGAACAUUUGGACACUCAAAAGGAGCUACUGGAGGAAAUGUAUGAGGAGAAACUAAAAAUCCUUAAGGAGUCGCUGACAAGUUUUUACCAAGAAGAGCUUCGGGAGCGGGAUGAGAAGAUCGAAGAGCUAGAAGCUCUUCUGCAGGAUGCCAGACAGCAGCCAGUGGCCCGUCAACAGUCAGGGUCUGAACUGUCCUUGCGGCAGUCACAAAGGUUGGCAGCUUCCACCUCUACCCAGCAGCUCCGGGACGUUAAAGCUAAAUUGGAACAGUGCAGGGCAGAGCUGAACUCCACCACUGAAGAGCUGCAGAAGUAUCAGAAAAUGUUAGAACCGCCACCCUCAGCCAAACCCUUCACCACUGAUGUGGACAAGAAGUUAGAGGAGGGCCAGAAGAAUAUAAGGCUGCUGCGGACAGAGCUUCAGAAACUUGGUGAAUCUCUCCAGUCGGCAGAAAGAGCCUGUUGCCACAGCACUGGGGCAGGCAAGCUUCGGCAAGCCUUGACGACUUGUGAUGACAUCUUAAUCAAACAGGAUCAAACCCUGGCUGAGCUGCAGAAUAACAUGAUGUUAGUAAAACUGGACCUUCGGAAGAAGGCAGCAUGCAUCGCGGAACAGUAUCAUACCGUGCUAAAACUCCAAGGCCAGGCUUCUUCUACCAAAAAGCGCCUUGGUGUCAGCCAGGAAAACCAGCAACCAAACCAACAGCCCCCAGGGAAGAAACCUUUUCUUCGGAACUUACUUCCCCGAACACCCACCUGCCAAAGCUCAGUGGAUUGCAGCCCUUAUGCCCGGAUCCUGCGCUCACGGCGCUCCCCUUUACUCAAAUCUGGGCCUUUUGGCAAGAAAAACUGAGUGUGGGGAAGAAGAGAGCAUGCAUCGCGGAACAGUAUCAUACCGAGUCUGUGGGGAAGAAGAGAACCUGAGGUGGGUCAGCUGCCCAGCUCAAGAAAUAGAUCUCUU